UCAUGAGCAAUGACGAGGACGGAUUUGACGACUCCGAUGAUGACAGUUUGCUUCAAGCAGCGGUGGCAUUUCAGAGCGACACAGAGUCAUUGAACAAACUACCCUCCGUCCUACGAGACAGUCUCCUUCCUUUCCAACGCGAGGGUGUUCUGUUCGGGCUACAGCGUGAUGGAUGUCUCCUCCUGGCUGACGAGAUGGGACUUGGUAAAACUCUUCAAGCUAUCAGUAUAGGAGCGAUCUACGAGUCAGAGUGGCCGAUGUUGGUGGUGGUACCGUCCAGUAUGAAGUACGUAUGGUUAGACGAGAUACAGAGGUGGUUACCGCACCUCACCCCUGACGAAAUACAUCUUGUCAAGUGUGCGGAGGAUGUUCCGGACUUAGUUCGGUGUAAGAUCUCCAUCGUUUCGUACGGAUUGUUCCAGUAUAAACGGUUCUUCGGUCUCCUAGAGAAUCUGGACAUUACCUUUAAAGUUAUUAUCUGCGACGAGUCUCACUAUCUCAAGAACUGGAAGAGUCUCCGCACGAAACACCUGGUAAAGUUACUACAGGGCGCUAGAAGGAGGAUACUCCUCACUGGUACACCUGCACUAGCUCGCCCUGAGGAGUUGUACACCCAGAUAAACAGCAUUAAACCUGGUUACUUUGGCUCGUAUACCAGAUUCUGCGAGAAAUAUUGCCAAGGACACUACAACUACAGACUAAAGCGGUUUGACGUAAGCGGAGCGUCUAACCUGGAGGAACUACACCUUCUUCUCACUAAUCACGUGAUGAUACGGCGACUGAAGAGUAAAGUUCUCACUCAACUACCUGCUAAACAGCGUCAGAAGAUAUCUUUUGAUUUACCAGCUAGUGCUGUACGAGAGGUGGAGAAGGUGAAGUUGAGGUUGGAGGAGGUGAAGGCUGGAGGGAAUGAUUAUGAGGUGCGGAGUGCAGUGAUGGAGUUGUAUCACCAGACUGGACUGGCUAAGAUACCAGCCUGUGUGGAGUACAUCAAGGAGAUGUUAAAACAGGGUAGCAAGUUCCUGGUGUUUGCCCACCACCUAGCAAUGCUGGACGCUAUAGAGAGGGAGCUGGUGGAGAGUAAGACGGAUUAUAUUCGUAUAGACGGGAGUGUUAGUUCUCUUCUGAGGCAGGAGUAUGUCAGGAAGUUCCAGAGUGCGGAGAGUUGCAAGGUCGCUGUGCUCAGUAUCCAAGCAGCUGGUGUAGGUUUAACACUUACAGCAGCCUCUCUGGUUGUGUUUUGUGAGCUUCAUUGGUCUCCAGGAGUCCUACACCAGGCUGAGGACAGAGCACACAGGAUUUCGCAAAAGAAUGCUGUCAAUGUUUACUAUCUGAUUGGUCUCGGUACCAUUGACGAAACUCUUUGGAAAAAACUGAACAGAAAGGUUGAUGUAGUGGGUAAAACUCUUGAAGGACAGGGAGGGGAUAUGAACACUAAUGAAACUGAUAAUGAUGAUAUAAAGUCUGUGUUAGCUGCCUGUACGGGAAACUCUCCUACAAAACGAUCUCCUACUAAACGACAUGGACAGCAAGGUAAGAAGAACUCCCCAGUAAAGAAGCCCUCUUCCUCUCUCUCCUUCUGCCCGGGACAAACUAAACUGACCCCCUUUCUCAACAUGUCUAUAGAUGAAGACUUUACUGAUCCCCGUAUCUCUGGCUCUUCUAAGUCGACUGUCUCCUCUACUGUCUCCUCUACUGGCUCCUCUACUGGCUCCUCUACUGGCUCCUCUACUGGCUCCUCUACACAUCUCAAUAGCUCCAGGGUAGAUGAGAUUCUGAGUCAGGCUGAGAUGAAGAGGGACAGGUUGCAGAUGUCUAAAUUCGAGAAGAAUGCUAAGAAAAGGGGGAGAGGUAAAGAACGGAGUGAAGACGGGGUGAAUAAGAGAGGAAGGGCUGGAGAUAAGGGGCUCCUGCAGGUUGAGGCUUGUAGUUCUAGCAAAUAUUUUAAGAAAGGUGAAAAGGAGCGAACGGACGUGAUUGACAUUGAUUCUACCUCUGAUGAAGAAACAGAUUCAAAUGUAGUCGGGUGUGUUAUUAAAAAGAACUGUAGAACAGAUUCUAAAGUAUCACUUGUUCCACCAAAUAACUCUACUGCUGAUAUCAGACAGGAAACAAGGAAUUUAGAUCUGCCUCCGGUAAUAGUUAUAGACGAAUCUUCUACGUCAUCAAGCAAGGAUCACCCUCAAACUCCCCCAGAAACAUUACAGAGUAGCACUGAAGCAGCUGAUGAAGACAGCCAGCCGACAUCCUCCUCAGAUUCUGGAAUAGAUCACACCCAAGAACACUCUUCUGCAGUGGAAAUGAUCACGGAAGAUGAUGAUGAGGACUGUUCAGACACAGACUUGUUCAGUGACAGACCCGUUGAUACCCUGCAGUUUUCAGUUAGUGCACAUACAGAUAGGAUAUAUUUCUACGAUUACACUGGAAUAUACCUGGAAGUGAACUGUCUCCUGCAGGAUCUGCUGGACGAUACUUCUCUCCCUGAGCUCCUCACCAACAAUCCUCACCACAAGGAAGCUGCGCAGGAGUUCGCCCGACACUGGUCAGGGAUCAGCAAGGCUACCCAGACUCGACUACAUAACAAGAUCAUGUCUGAUUUGGAUGAGGAGCUCAAGAAGGUUUUUGAGAAUCGAGCUUUUUCUACCACCAGGAAUUUUAAAGGUCCCAAAACAGCUGUUGACAGCGAAGAGACAGCGGAACAUUCGGUGAAGCUGAGGAAACUGAAUGUUGGGAAGAAGAGGGUUGAGAUUGAGCAGCGAUUCUCGGAGUUGGGUGACCCGUUGUGUUUAAGCUGUGAGUCUGUGGUAGUAAGACUGAAGUCUAGAACCUCAGUGAGUUGCGUUACCAGGGUAACCUCCUCCACCAACUCGGAACUCUCGAAGCUUCCAUUUCAGGGGAGAUUCUGCUCGCUGGACUGUUCACAGCGGUACGGAGUGAAAGCAAACAGUCACAGUUUUGUAAGAAAGAUCCUGUUCGACCUAGAGUUUGGAGUAUGUCAGACAUGUGGGCUGGAUACUAAUAGGCUGCUCAAGCAACUGAGGCUAGGCACUCAGGAGGAGAAGGUUAAACUUCUUAACUCUACAACUCUCAAAUCCCUGACAGAGAAACAGAAGCGUAACAUAGUGGUGCACGCAACGGAGGGGCUGUUGUGGCAAGGUGACCACAUCGUACCAGUAGCUGAGGGGGGCGGUCAGUGCGACAUCGACAACUUCAGGACUCUCUGUACAGUUUGUCACAAGGUAGAGACAAAGAAACUGAUGACCAGGUUGAGAGUGAAGAAGGAUAAGGAGACCAACAAGAAAAAAGGUAUUCUGGAUAUUCGACAUUUUCUGGGUUAGGUUAUUUAAAUAAAAAAAGGGUUCUUGCUCCUUUGGUUUGGCGGGAACUUGAGAGACAGGUUUUUAUUCAGUGUUAUCAAAAAUAGUUGUUUAAUGUUUACAAUUGUAGGUAGAUAAAAUAAUGAGCUUAAUUAAAUUAUUAUUUUUUAACCGACCGACUUCUUAUAUUAAGUAGGUUCAAUAAUUCGUGCGACACAACUGCAAUUUGUUUUAGCUACAUUUGCUGUGACAAGGUUUUUAGAUAAAAUGAUACUGACGGAAACCAGCAUUUAAGAUAAUCUUUUGUUUUGUAUGAAUUUGUUUUUAGCAUAAUGUGGUAAUAACGUGAUGAAGAUAGACAACUGACACGCUGAAAAGCUAAAAUUCUAUAUUUUUAAUCAACUGUAAUGUAUUUUAUCAUGUAUUUGUAUAUUAUUGACAUUAUUGCUGACUACUAUAAUAUAUUGACA